AUGAGUAUUAUUAAUGAGAGUACCCGAAGGUUUGUAAAACCAAGUGUGAUCACGUCUCUAGUGCCAUUACUCAAGCGUAAUCUAACUAAACAACAGCCACAUAAACUACGCUAUGAUGCACCCUUUGUACGUGCAAGUGUUGCGGCAAUUUUUCGAUGGAAAGAGAAGGAACAGACGUCAUUACAACUUCUUUUUGUACGUCGAAGUAUAAAUGAGAAGGAUACAUGGAGUGGUCAAGUGGCAUUUCCUGGUGGUCGUCGACAGAAGAAAACCAAGAUGAACCUUUCAAGUCUGGAUGACGUGUCUGAGGAAUGGACAGAUUGGGAGUCACUUCGAGAAACAGCAGAGCGUGAAACAAUGGAAGAAGUUGGACUUUAUUUAACGACCCCACACGUGCAUUGGAUUGGCAGUUUGCCACCAAUUCGAACACAUUUGCAUUCGUUAAGUGUUAGUGUCCAAGUCUUCUUCAUCGAUAAGACGGCAGACGAACACGACUACAAGCCAAAAUUGCAAGAAUCCGAGGUUGCUAAUGUAUUUUGGGUGGAUGUGCAGGAAUUAUUCAACGCGCAACGAUACCACGUCCUAGUUUACCCGCUAGAGGACAGUCUGACGAGUCUUCGGAUACGUCCGCGCGUGCUUGCAGUUGCCAAGUGGCUUCUUGGCAAUAUGUUGUUUGACUGCAUCUAUUUGCCGAUACCAAACCAUGCAGGAUCAGAUGAAGAUCAUCAAACGCAUCGUAACAUGCACGAUUUCGUGCUGUGGGGACUGACGUUGCGUGCCGUCGUGGACCUCUUUGCAGUUGCUGGCUUUCCAUUGCCAAUGCGUCCAGAUGCACAGCAUUUCGAAUCCAAGAUGCUUGGUGAUAUUGUACUUUAUUGCAUGCGCUAUCCAGAAAAGGUCAUUGCUGGGACUGCCACAGUGUCUGCUAUCCUACUUGUUACAGUCGUCUACAGCAUGUUGUAA